AUGUACCUCUGCCUUCUCCGACUCAACGAUGAUGUGUUUAGAGGAUUAAUGGCCACAAUAAACACCAAACAUCAAAUUGCUGUGUAUCCCACCUUGAGGACUGAAAUUAGGGAUUACCCAUCCCAAGCUGGUCUAUGGCGUCUACAAAUCGACAAUCCUUUUCAAUACAGAUUCUAAACAGGAUCGUCACUCGCUUAGUAAAUGCUAGAGCCUUUCAUGAUAACUACGCCUCUAAUCCCUUUGUGUUCCAAAAGAUAUAUUUUGGAGGUGAAGAGUAUUCAUUUCAACCCUUGUAAUUGAACAGUAAUAAUUAAGGGAGAAACAUGACAGAUAAUUACCGAUUUUUGCAAGCAACAGGAUGUUUAGUCAAAGGGGAAACACGAUCAGAUUCCAAGACUGGGGAUAUGCAAAGAAUUGCACAUUGUUUGCCAUUGACAAUGUGGCUAGUGGAUGUGUGGAUUGCCCUACCAUGGAUCCAAGACAAAGUGGCGAACUACAAAUAGAAGUGUUCAGUGCUCCACAAACUCAAAACAUGGUGGUCUUAGUCUAUGCUGAAUUUGAAAACUUGUUGGAAAUCGAUUUUAAUCGAGCCAUGUUGCACGAUAUCACUGGAAAUUAAAGAAAUAGAAAACAUUACCAUGAACAACGUGCAGUUUUUUUUAGAUAGGGUAAGGCACGACUCUGUGUUGUUGCCUCAUUUAAAGGAACUGUUCCCUGCGACAAAUUACCUAACAGACCCCAGAAACAACACUAA